AUGGUCUCACUAAAAAUUUUUACAAAGAAUUUUAAAAUUCUAUUUUCUAUUUUCUUAGUUUUAUUAUUAUUUAAUGUAUUGAUCAUAAAUUAUAUAGUGAAUUCAUAUUCAAUAGAUUUCUUAAGGGUAAAUAAAAAUAAAUAUAAUAGUAAAGGUUGGAAUAACCCAUUCGAUUUCGAAGAUGUUCAAGAGGAAGAAUUAUUAGAAUUGAACAACAACUUUAUUAGAUUCUCAAAUAUGCACGAAAAACUAUUAGUCGGUGAAGGAGGUAUUAGAAAACCCUCUCUUAAACUUCAAAAAUCACCAAAUAUAAAUCAAAAUCAACCAGAGAAAAGGUCAUUACCAACAAAAGAUGAAAAACAACAACAACAACAACAACAACAACAACAACAACAACAACAACAACAACAACAACAACAACAACAACAACAACAAGAAAAACAAAUAAAAAACAAAGAAAAAGAUGAGAAAGAUGAAAAAGAAGAAAUUAAAAUUGAAAUCAUAGAUAAUAAUAGUAAUAAUAAUAAUAAUAAUAAUAAUAAUAAUAAUAAUAAUAAUAAUAAUAAUAAUAAUAAUAAUAAUAAUAAUAAUAAUAAUAAUAAUAAUAAUAAUAAUAAUAAUAAUAAUAAUAAUGAAGAUAAAAUAAAAGAAAAUAAAGUUAAAAUUGAAGAAAUACAAAUAAAUAAUGAAAAUGAAGCAAAACUUGAAAAAGAAGAAAAAGAAGAAGAGGAAGAAGAGGAAGAGGAAGAGGAAGAAGAAGAUGAUUAUAUUAAUUACAAUAAAUAUAAAUAUAUAUCACAAAGAAAUAAAGGCGGUAGUAGUAUCGGUAAAUUAUUAAUUGUAAUACCAUCAGUUAGAAGAGAAGCCAAUAAAGAUCAUCUUUCAGAGAUAUUAGGUAGUUUUGAAGAUCAAUCUAAAGAUAUUACCCCAUUGUCAGGAUUAGAUAUUAAGGUUUUAGUAUUUAAUAACAAUCCAAAACAACAUCCAGUUUUUAGUAAACUUAAAGAAUAUUAUAGAUAUAAAUUUAGAGAUAUGUUUUCUUUUAUGGAUAAUCCAAGUAGAUUAAUAGAAACUGAAGCAAUACCAUCAUUCGAUGAUUCUUAUUAUUUAAAUAAAAAUGAAACAACCUUUAAAAUGAGACAAAAGAAUUUAGAUAUUGUAAAGAUGUUAAGAACUGUUAAAAAUGAAGCAGAAUAUAUUAUGAUAAUGGAAGAUGAUUUUCCAUUAUGUAGUUCAACAAUAUCUAUAUUACCGUAUUUAUUGAAAAAGAGUUUAUUGUAUAAUCCAAAAUGGGAUUUAAUAAAGACAUCAGUAGGUUUGAAUGGAUUCAUAAUAAGGAGUAAAUAUAUUAAUAGGGUUACAAACUAUUUAGAACAUAAUAGAAAGUAUAAACCAAUUGAACAUUUAUUAUCAGAAUGGAUGUGUGGUAUGAGAGAUAUUCGUACUUCACCAGACAUAGUUAGAAAUAAUAUUAAUAAUAAUAACAAUAAUAAUAAUAAUAAUAAUAAUAAUAAUAAUGAUAAUAAUAAUAUUGAUAAUAAUAAUAAUAAUAAUAAUUAUAAAAAUAAUUAUAUAAAUAAUUUCAAAUGUAAUGAAAAUAAAAGAAAUAGUUUAAUAUUCAAAUUAACAUUAUUUAGUCAUAUUGAUGGUGGAUCAACUUAUAAACGUGAUGCAAAUUCAAUAAAGUUCCCACAUUGUUGGUAUGAUUAUACUCAUUUGUUACCAGUUGGUGAUAGAUAUUAUGUUAAACAAUGUUCAGAUGAUGAUUUAGCACCAUGUAUUCAAUAUACUCCAAUUAAAUCAAUGAUAACCGAUCUAUCAGAGAUAUCACAUUUAAAUCAUUAUAUAAAAGCAAAAGUAGUGAUAAGUCCAACCGCCAAGAGAAACAUUACCAUAGAUGUAUCAUUCGUUCAAAGAUAUUUACCCGUAAUCUAUAGAUCAACAUCCAUAUUGGAAGAUACUCAUAAUUUCAGUACGAGUGGUGUUAAUAAACAUUUACAAGAUCAUCGUAAUAAUAAAAUUAAACCUCAAAGUGAAGAUAAUCUUCGUAUACAUGGCGAUCAUUAUGAUGAAGAAGAAGAAGGACUAGAUGAAGAACAAGAAUCAACUGGUACUAGUCUAUGGAGAAUAAUCAAAAACUUAUUUUUUGCAUUUUUAAUAUUUAUUUUAAUAUCUAUCAUUAUUAUUUUUACCUUUCCAUUUUUUAAAAAAUUCAAUACAAAUAAAUUAAUGAAAAAAACAACUGAUUAA